AUGCUAUCCGACAAUUCUUCCGAAAAUUCCAGUAUUUCAUUCCGUUUCCCGGCCGGCGAUCAAGAAUCGCGAAAAUCUGUCGAAUUUUCGAUUUCCUCUUUGCCAAAACCGGAUAUGCAGAAUCCUUUUAGUUUAGCACUUCAUUCACCGCCAGGUUUGAGUGAAAAUUUGGGAAUUUGUCGAAAAAAUUCAAAUUUUUUAUCGCCAGAACAAAAAAAAACAUAUUUUCAUUAGGUAUCAUAGUUCUUUUUCCCUUUUGGUGAUUAUUUUCAGCCUUGUCCGGAAAGGGCAACAAAAUAUGUCCCAGUUUUUCACUUUUCCAUUUUCAUUCAUUCUGUUUUUAUCACAAAACAGUGAGCAAAAAUGGGAAAGCCUUUGAGAAAUUUGAUUUUUGUCACUGGAAUUUCGGAUAUUUACAGUGAGUUUGAUUGAAUUUUAGGGGAUAGGAAGGUUUAUGGUGUACUAUGACCUAAAAAAAUUAAAAAUUAAUUAAUUUUUCACACGUGUACCAAACAUACAAAAAUAAAAAACCAUUUCAAAUUUUAUUAUUUCUGAGAAAUGGUGAGUUCCACAGCUUCACUGUAUCUAGUUCAAACUCUCUGCCAACUAACUUCUAACCUGUGUGUAUUUUUUUCAAGGUUCCCCACCGAUUCAAAAAUCGCAAAUCGGCGAAAGCGAGGAGGAAAACGGAGAAGGAGAAAUGGGUUUGAACACGACAACUUUGGAAAUUGCGCCAAGUCAAAAAUCGUCGAAUCACACAAAUCGACCGCCGCCAUUUGAAGUCGACGAUUUGGUGUGUUUUUUUGUACUAAUAUUAGCAAUGCAGUGAAAAAGCUGUAUAAAAUUCUAUUCCCAGGACAGGACACAAAAAAUUUAAUUGAAAUUCAAUAUGUCUAAUGUUUAUGUUAAUGUUUUUCAUCGACAAAAAUACAUUUUUUGGUCAUCAAAAUAAUAUUUAAAUUUUUUUCAAUUUCAGACCACCAAAAUGAAUGUGGUGGAUCGAAUUCGAUCGAAAUUCAAUAUUGGGAAUGAGCUGGUGAGGGCCAGUUUGGCCGAGAUGUUUUGCACCGGGUUUUUGGUGGUGAGUUUGAGAGUUAGGAUAACUCAAGAAAAAAAGCGCGAGAAACGCGACCUACGACACUCCGCUUGUGCGCUUGCAUGUUGUUUAUAAAAAUAAAAAUAAAAUACAAAAUUAUUGAUUUUUCUUUUUUUUUCUUCACAAAGGUUAAUCCUAUAAAAAUGAAAAAAUACGCUCUGAAUUCACUCCUUCUCCAAAUCUCUCGAAAUUCCAGUUUGGUGGUGAAUGUGUAAAUGCUCAAUUCAUCCUCUCGCAACGAAAAAACGACGAAUGGGUGUGCAUCGCAGUUGGUUGGGGUCUCGUGCUGAUGUUCGCCGUUCUAAUGGGCUCCCGAAUCUCCGGAGCACAUCUCAAUCCGGCCGUCUCAUUUUUCCAACUCACACAAGGAAAAAUCAACGCCGUCCGUUUUAUUCUCUUCGUGAUUGCUCAAAAUAUCGGAGCAUUUUUGGGCGCUCUUUUCACUUUUAUCGUCUAUUAUGAUGCGAUAAAUGCGUUUGAUAAGGGCGAGAGAAGUGUGACGGGACCAACGGCGACCGCUGCCAUUUUUGCCACUUAUCCCGGAGCUCAUUUGGGAACUUUUAAUGCGAUUACUGAUCAGGUUUGUGAGUGGGAAAUGAAAAAUUAAUCUUGCGUGAAAGUUCACGUGAAAAAUAUAUUUAUUAUUGAAUUAAAAACACGUGAGAAAUAAAAAACUAGGUCAAGUGACGUGGAUUUAAAAACAGUAUAGGUAGCCAUGUCGUCAGUCGCGAUGCGUGUGAGCGACACGUUUUUAGAAAUGAAAAUUUGACAAAUCCAAUGGAAAAUGUCGAGGUCAACACGCAACGCAGAGCCGCAUCGCAAUUGACGACAUGGCUACCUAUACUGUUUUUAAAUCCACAUCACUUGACCUAGUUUUUUAAUUCUCACGUGUUUUUAAUUCAAUAAUACGAGUUUUGUCAUUUUGAAAAAAAAUUGAAUUUUCCGCGUUGAAUUUUCCGAUUUUUUCAAUGUGAAUUAAGAACAUUCUGAAAAUUCAGAGAAAAUGAAAAAUUGAUCUUGCGUGAAAGUUCACGUGAAAAAUAUAUUUAAGCGUUUUUGUCAUUUCGAAACAAAAGUUUUGAAUUUUUCAUUUAUGACUAGAAGAUCCACGUGGAAUUCUCCUGGAAUAUUUUUAGAAGGUUUCGUUUUUUUUUCAAUGUUAAUCAAGAAAAUCUGAAUUUUUAAACGAUUUUCUGAAAACCCUAAAAUUUUCAGAAUAAAAUAUUAAUACGGCCCGGAAACCCAGAAAUAAAGAUUAUCUAAGAUGAAAGAUAGUCAUCUCUAGAUUGUCCGAAUCUAUAUUAAAGUUGCCAAAAGGCAUUCUCGAUUUUAUAAAGUGGCAAAUUUGGAAAAUUUUGAAAAAUUGGGAAUCAGACUUUCAUGAAAAUAAUUUUAAAGGCCAGUUCUGUCCUCCUUAAGUCCCAGUUUUUCAAAAUUUUCCAACCUUGCCACGUCAUAACUCAUGUUAGGAGUCCAGCUUUGCAGUUUUAGAUAUCGGGAUCGUGAUCGGCGGGUCGAAAACUACUAGAAAACAUAUGUUUCAUUAAAAAUCUCGAUUGCAAGUUGAAACAGUUCCCUUGUGAAAUCUCUUCUUCACCAAAAUAUUCAAAAAUUCUUCCAGAUCAUUGGCACAGCUGUCCUUUGCAUGGGUGUCGCUGCAAUCGUCGACCGUCGCAACCGUAUUCCCCCAUUCCUUCAACCCGCCUGGAUCGCCGCUCUUCUUUCAUUCAUCGGAAUGGCUCUCAGCCUCAACGCCGGUUAUGCAAUCAAUCCAGCGCGUGAUUUCGGACCAAGACUCUUCACGCUGUUCGCCGGUUAUGGUUGGCGUGUGUUCAGUUAUCGCAACUACAAAUGGUUCUGGAUCCCAAUUAUUUGUCCAAUGAUUGGUGGAGUUUUAGGAGCGUGGAUGUAUGAGUUCUUCAUCGGAUUCCAUAUUCCUGAUGAUCCGGAGACCACUUAUAUUCAUAAGAUUUUGGAUGAUAGAAAUCCAGAUGGUCAAUUGAGAGAGGUUCAUGUUAUUGAGAAGAAACCGUGAGUUUUUUGGGAAAUUUAAAAGUUCAGAAAUGAAAAAUGAGAACUCUGAAAAUUUCCAGAAUAAGCGAGAUCCACACUGAAGAGGAGACCAUCGCCUACCGAAAUAUGUAG